UUAAUCUCAAAUCCAACAAAUUUUUUUAAAGAACAACCAUUAUUGGGACCCAGCGCUGCAUUCCCACCAUUUGCUGCUGCAGAAUUUCAUCCCACCACACCGGAAAAUUGGAAAGGCGCCAACAUCCAUCCAACUGGUCUAAUGAAAGAGCCAACUGUUGUACCCGGUCGCAAUGCGGCUGUAGCAGCAUUUACCGCACAAGGACAGACACAGGGUGCUGUCAUGAUGGUUUACGGUUUGGAUCAUGAUACAUCGAAUACAGAUAAACUUUUCAAUUUGGUUUGCUUAUACGGAAAUGUUGCAAGGAUUAAAUUUUUAAAAACCAAAGAAGGUACCGCCAUGGUCCAAAUGGGUGAUGCCGUCGCUGUUGAACGUUGCGUCCAGCACUUGAAUAACAUUCCGAUUGGCACAAGUGGCAGAAUUCAAAUUGCUUUCUCGAAACAAAAUUUCUUAUCUGAAGUUAUAAAUCCCUUCCUAUUGCCCGAUCAUACACCCAGUUUUAAAGAAUAUACUGGUUCCAAAAAUAAUCGUUUCCUAUCGCCCGCACAGGCAAGCAAAAAUCGUAUACAACCACCGAGCAAGAUUUUACAUUUCUUUAAUACACCACCUGGCCUCACCGAAGACCAAUUGAUUGGCAUUUUCAAUAUUAAAGAGGUUCCUGCCACAUCUGUGCGAUUAUUCCCCUUGAAAACAGAACGUUCCUCAUCGGGUCUAAUUGAAUUUCCAAAUAUUGCCCAGGCCGUUUUGGCCAUUAUGAAGUGCAAUCAUCUGCCAAUUGAGGGUAAAGGUACCAAAUUUCCAUUCAUCAUGAAACUAUGCUUCUCCUCCUCGAAGAGCAUGAAUGGCGCCUGGAAUAAUGCGGCAAAUGAGGGUAUGAUUGAAAAAGAAAAUGAGGGGGAUCUUAAGCAAGAUCCGUAUAAUUGAGAAAAUGUUAUAACCAUACAAUUAACAACAUAUUAAUAAUUUUAAAUUAAAACAACAACAAAAACAACCGCAACAAGUGAAAUUUAAUUUAAACAAGAAAAAAAAACAUUUUAUUUAAAACAAAAAACC